UUUGAAUCCGCUCCCAUGAAGCCUAUAAGUAGCCCUGAUAUCACCUUCGUCAUCAGUGGAAGCAGGAGAGACCAGCAAGCACUCGAGACCAUGAGGAGUAAGCAGGGCAAGAAUUAUAUAAGAGAUGGUAUCGAGCGGAAGUUCGAUACGAUGCACACAGUAGCUGAUGCACUCAACCCCUGCGCCGGUUUGGAUGGAGUCGUCCAUGGAGUUGCUCGAGGGGUCAGCAACUGGCUCUUGGACAAGCACCCUCAAGAGGAAGACAACGCGUGCAAUCCCAACAAUCCUGCACCUCGGCCAAAACAAACUCCCAAAUACAAACCUGGGGGCAACAGAACUGGGAACAUCAAAACUGGUGACAACAAAACUGGGAAAAACAACCGUGGAAAUACUCAAAACAAUGGAGGCAUCGCUGUUGGCAACAACACUACCGCUCGUGCCGGUGCUCGUCGUGGUGGUGGUGAUGAUGAUGAUGAUGAUGAUGAUGAUGAUGAGGAGUAAUCAUGAAACUAUUCAUCCGUGCAGGAGGCGGUGGUCUGUAUCAGUGUAUCCCAAUAAGGCUAUGUAGGUAAAAGCUCUGCUGCUUGCUGCUGUAUUAUGUAAUAAAAUUAUGGAAAUAAAAGCUGAGUUUAGCUGUCCAGUAGUCAGCACUCAGCAGUCCGAGAUGGCUAUGUAAAACCUACGUUGCUUGCUAGUACGUAAUAAAAUUAUGAUAAUA